GAGAGGCGUCAAGCAAGGUAACAAGGUCUAAGCUUUGAUAUCUAUAAACGUGACACGGCUUGCACACCGAGAAAUUCUACCCCUCUACUAUUCCCGACCUUAAUCUCAUACGCCAAUUAACAUCGAGACAGUAAAGUAGAACAGCAACACGGAAUCCUAUAUUUUCGACAGAAAGCAAGAAUCAUAAAUUUCAUGUGACACCUCGAUAGGAAUCCAUAGGAAUCCAUAGGAAUCUAUAGGAAGGAAAGCCCCGACAUUCGUAAUUCGGCAUCGUGCAUAUGGUCCUAGGACGUCCGGUUUAAAGAGGGCGUACGACUCCUCCUACUCCCACUCCCACUCCCACUCCUACGAGCACGAGCACGAGCACUGGCACAAGCACAAGCACAAGCACAAGCACAAGCACAAGCACGAGCACGUGAGUCUGGAACCCAUUCCCGGCCAAUAUAAAAACUCCAUGUAAACGUCCCCGCACUCUACGGAAAUCUUAAUAACUUGGAUCUUGCCCUGGAAUUCCUUCGUCCGGACUGUCUUAUAAUUCGAUAGCAUCCAACGCCUCGUCCCACUAUGGUGAGCCAAUCAAGCAUCUUCCUCCGUCUCCCCCUGGAGAUCCGGGAGAAGAUCUACCUCCAACUGCUGCUCUUCCGCGACGACGUCGGCGUCCAAUCUCUGACUCCCAAGCUCGACCGGUGGAUCAAGUCGAUGUGGGACGAUUCCGGGUCGACGUUCUGCGGCGAUGAGGAUGACAUUGUGCCUCGAGGAAGAACCAGCAUCCUUUACGUGUCCAAGCAGAUCAGCGACGAGGCUCUCGACGUCUUGUACCAGCGCAAUACCUUUGUCAUACAUACCCACGCCGAUUCUCACGAUAAAUUUCUCAAGUUCGGAACCGUCAACAUACGGCGCAUCCGUUCCUUGAGACUUGUCACGCACCCUCAGGAGCUUGGGUACAUGGAGCCCGUCAACUUCGACCCCAAGAUAUGGGAUCCGCUUCUUACAGAUUUGACGCAUCUCUCGCUCGUUCUGCAACAGCCGUGGAAGGCUCGGGGACAUUACGAUUCGUCUGGUAGUAAGGACAAGUUCCAAAAUUGCAUUGACGAGGAGCUGCAGAGAUGGCUUGUUUGGCUAGAACCCAUCUUGCAAUACUUCGCUAGCAAUAUUUCCGAGAGAACCACGGUUAGCAUCGACGAUAAUGAGUUGGCGGAGACGAGCGAGGUCGUGCAUAAAUGCUUCCGUGCUGGUUACCAGAAGGUGCAGACUGAGAUCGGAGACAGAAUCUUUGAGAGGGCGUUGCCAUCUGAGGAUGAUGAUUACUGGUACGACGACUAUGAUAUGGAUUCUACGUGUGGCGGCACCAUCAACGAUUGGUCAGACUAGCAUCGAGCCAAUUUUUUAUUAUCCGGGGCGUUAUUUUCGGGGUACAAAAUGCACUAAAAUCAGCAGCAUGUUCCUUUUUCAGCCAUCUCAUCUCUUAAGUGUAUUUCGGUUGGCUUCUUUUCGGCUCGGCAAGUUUAGCUACGUAUGGAUUUGGGGUUAGGAACUAGGUAUGGGGGAAGGGGGGGUCAUGGUUAGUAGUCACCACUCAAUACUACUACUGGUUGUUGGCAGGCUGGGAAACUGGAAGAGGGCUAGGAUUCUAAAAUGGGUGCGAAAAGGAGAACGCUUGACAGAGUAAUAUAAUUAAUGUGCAAUCCUAUAUCUACAAA